AUGGUAAAUUUCAUUUAUGAAUUGCAGGAUAAUGACGGAGGUUUGAUCUUCAAUUCCGCGACGAUCAAGAGAAUGGAGAUGCUGAUCCUCGGAGCUCUGAAAUGGCGGAUGCGCUCCGUUAAUCCUUUCUCGUUCCUCAAUUAUUUCGUCUCGCUCUUCGAUUUCGGCGACGCCGAGCGAUUGAUUCAGUCUUUGAAGAACAGAGGAGCUCAGAUCAUCUUCAAAUCUCAGCACGAUAAAUCAAAUGAUUGCAGCAACAAGAGGUGGCUAGGCAAUUCGGCCAGCAUCGGCGCGGUGGAGGCUCUGAAGGAUCAAUUAGGGGUUUACAGAUGGAAUUACGUGAUCAGAUCUGUCGAGCAGCGCACUAAAUCCAGAGUGCAGACCUACUAUCAUAAGCACGUUGUUUCACCGGCCUCGGCGGCAGGGGCGCCAUCUGGUUCUCGUGCGCCGGAGGGAAAUAUGUUGGGGCUUCAGGAGAGGGCGGAGAGGAGAGAGCAGAGCGUGAAAAAGGUGAUGGAUUUGAGUUGUUGGUGUCCGACCACCGUCAGAUUCUGA